GAGCCCUGGGUCAGCUGACUCCCUUCCCUGCGCCGCAGUCGCUCAGACACAGCAGCUGCAACACCGACUCCGUUCACCCCGGCUCCCCGUCUGCUGCACACCGCUGUCCUCUCCAGCCAUGGCCAGCCAGUCUCAGGGCAUCCAGCAGCUGCUCCAGGCCGAGAAACGGGCGGCAGAGAAGGUCGCCGAGGCCCGCAAACGGAAGAACCGGCGUCUGAAGCAGGCGAAGGAGGAGGCGCAGGCUGAGAUCGAGCAGUACCGCCUGCAGAGGGAGAAGGAGUUCAAGACCAAGGAGGCCGCGGCCCUGGGAUCCCACGGGAACUCGGCGGUGGAGGUGGACAAGGAGACUCUGGACAAAAUGCAGAAGAUCCAGAACAGCUUCCAGCAGAACCGUGAAGCUGUGCUGGCCAGCCUGCUCUCGCUGGUCUGCGAGAUCAAGCCUGAGAUCCAUACCAACUACCGCAUCAACGGCUAGUGCCCUAGCCCAGGGGCUCCUCCUGGCCCGGUCCGGCCCAGACCAGCACUUCAGCGCUGCCAGGACAGACGCUGCUGUCGGGAUGGCCUGACCGCUUUCAGAGCGCAGCAGUCUGAGCCCGUCCAGGCUGCACCAGCCUCGGGGCUCCCUCUGCCCCAGCUGCAGCUUGUUGUGAGACAAUUUGCUUAGGCCUGUGGGGCUACAGUAACGUCCAUUCGACUACUUUUCACACAGAGGAAGUGCAAAUUGCAACACAGUAGCAAGAUCGAAAUGGACUCCACAGGAGUACUGGCUUCUGUUUCAGUGGGAGCUCUGUACAGAGCCCAGCUGCUGGUGAAGUCGGGACACGCUCAGACUGCUGUGCCCUGGGAGACUGAUAGCCAUCCAAGCCCUGGGCCUCCUAGCUGUGUAGAAUCAUUAGGGUGGGUGUUAGUAUGCUAGUAAUAUCUGUGUGUGCGUGCUUGUUCCGUCGCAGAAAGUGCUGUCGUUUUUAUUUCAUAUAUAUAUAUAAAAAGUUGUUUAUUUCAUUGUUUUCAUUACCAUAAAAUUCAAAAGAGAUCCUGAUCCUUAAUGCUGUUGUCCACAUGAGUGGAGUGAGACGGUUCAGAUUUGUGCUCUCUGCGUACAGCUCCUCUGUUCGAACCCGAACCUCCUGUCCCCCGUGAUCCGGGGAGCUCUGUCUGCAGCCCCUCCGAGCUGCUCUUUCACCCAACCUCGGCACCACCAGCACCUGGGAAUCAAGGAGCUGCUUGUAGCAAUGGCCAGUGGUGUGGGGGUGGCUGUGUUGUUUUGUGCUCCGUGGAGUCUAGUGCUCUUUACAAUCUGCUGUAAAAAAUACAGGUUCUGCCUUUUGAUUUUUGGUCCUGUUCCUCCUUAAAUAAAAUUAUUUAAAACGA